AUGCCUCCGCGCAAGUCAGACGCGCAAGUCAGCGUGGUGGAAAAGAUCGUCGAGCGACCGUCCGUUCUCGACGUGACGUUGGCAAAGAUCGAUGUGAACCAAUACAACGCUGCCUUCCCUUUCCGGCUUAGGGUCCUUCUGUGUGGGAGGAAGAAGCGCUCCUCGUUUGAUGACGCGUGGGAGAAGCUGGUUGCGGAAGUAAAGCUACAGUGCGACAAAGCGAAUCCUUUCUGCACUGCCUCUCAGAGCAGCCAGCUUGGGUCGUUGAUCAUGGACUACGGAGAGUAUUUUCUCCAAAUUGUGGAAGGUCCAGAAGCCUACGUUUUCCGCUUUGCAGAGGAGAUGAAGUCAGUGCCACUCGUCGACACAAACAGCGUGCGCAUUCUGUUUCUCGACGACGAUGUCCCCAACACUAUUUGCGUCGGAAUCACCCUGAUAGACAAAGUCCCACCCUCAUCUUUGGUGGCCAGCUCAGCCGAGAAGAGCACUGAAGAAGUCGCGCAAGGAGUUACACAUGACUUAUCGUCCAUUCUAGAACUUGCUUAUCAGGGUAACAGCCAGACGGGAAGGCUGAAGAGCGUGUUUUCUGAGAACGCCAAGGUGAACCACCCAAAGCUGUUCCCCAAAGUCGACAUGCUUGAAGCAUAUAUUAAUAGCGACAGCUUUUUCACGCUGGGCGAGUUUGUGGACAAUUUUUGCAAACCUGCGCAUCUGGCCCGCGAUGAGGAAAUCAAUCACCCCGCGGCAGACCCGCUAAAGCACUGA